UGUCUAGUAAUAUACAUGAGAAAAGCGUAUGAAAUGGCAGGAAAAUUAGGGUUGGAAACGAUGGAAGAUGACGCAGCGAUUGGGGCGAGCGACCAUGUUUCAUCGGACUCGAAGUCGGAGGAUUCCAGUUGCUGCUGCCCAAUCUGCUUGGGGCCAUUUCUUCAACUGUCUUACCUCGACAAAUGUUUUCAUAAGUUUUGCUUCAAUUGCAUUUUACGCUGGACCAAGGUGGUUGCUGGCAAGCACCGUUCUCUUCCUUCUUCCGUAAAAUGCCCCCUCUGUAAGACAGAAAAUUUAUCUAUCGUGUAUGAAGUGGAAGGAAGUUGCUUUCAGCGGCACUACGUGAAUAAGGAUUUUGAAGAUAGUUUUAUAUUGUCAAGAGCGCACAGAUAUAGAUUACAGUGCUAUUACACUGAUCAAGGUUUGUUAGAUGACAUAUUCAAUAUACCACAAUAUUGGAGAUCUCGUAAGUACUCUCAGCCAAACUUCUGGCUUGAAAGUUGGUUAAGAAGAGAAAUUCAAGCUCUUAUCCAGGAGGAGGAUGUUGACAUCAUUGUGCACCAUAUAAUUGGCGUGGUCAAAGCAGCAUUAUAUACAAGAAGAGAGCAGAAGUCACUCGUGAUUGCACCCGAAAAGAAACAGGAAGAGUUCAAGAUGUCAGUCUCUGAAGCUGCAAAGCGAUUUCUGGCUGCAAGAACGGACAGAUUUGUAUACGAGAUUCAACUAUUUCUUGCUUCAGGAAUGAACAUUGAAGCUUAUGAUGCUGUAUACGUACAACGGUUAGGUUGGAGUUCUCCCGGGAUAAAUACUGAGGUUUCUCACAGUGCAUUAGUUGAUCGCACAACUGCGAUUCCAUACCUGUACAUAUUUGAUGGUGACUUUGAUGAAAAUGAGUAGAUUAUUUGUUCUGUUCUUCUCAUGUAUUUGCUGUAAUUUCUUCCUGAAUAGCAUAGGAGAACUUUUUCACACUUCAAUGAGUGGUCUUGAUCCUCUUCAGUUACCGCAGAAGGUGCAAUUCUCCACCCAAGAGUGUAAAGUUGUUUAACACAUGCUUGUUGUUAAUAUAACAAUUUCCAUAGUCUAAUUUUAUGCAGUUGUAACAAAACA